AUGUCGGUGGUCGUCGCCGCAGCCAAUUCUGAAAAUUGCGGCCUCUACAGUAGCGAGAGCUGCGCCCAGGACCACCACCGCUCGUCCUCCCAUCAGCAGCAGCCGCAGCAGCCGCCGCUGAGCCGGUACGAGUCGCAGAAACGCCGAGACUGGAACACCUUCGGACAGUACCUGAGGAAUCACCGCCCGCCGCUGGCGCUGGCCAGGUGCAGCGGCGCCCACGUACUUGAGUUCCUCCGCUACCUCGACCAGUUCGGCAAGACUAAGGUGCAUACGCCGCCUUGCCCCUUCUUCGGUCACCCGCAUCCUCCGGCGCCUUGCCCUUGUCCCCUGCGCCAGGCCUGGGGGAGCUUAGAUGCCCUCGUCGGCCGCCUUCGCGCGGCCUUUGAAGAAAAUGGUGGUUCCCCUGAGGCCAACCCCUUCGGCGCCCGCGCAGUCAGGCUAUACCUGAGGGAGAUCCGCGACUCGCAAGCCAAGGCCAGGGGGAUCUCCUACGAGAAGAAGAAGCGGAAGCGUCCGCCAACGCUGUCACAGCCACGCCCGCCCCCGCAGCACGGCGCUGGGCAUACCCUUGCGGCGGUGGCGGCAGCCGGGGUCGCCAAUCUACAUGUGGAGGACCACAAUUCGGCCAAUGGAUCCUUCCUGAUACAUGGUCACCACUUCCACCACCACCUCCAUGAUCAUCACGGCCACAUGAUCAUUUCCUCCGAUGGCUCCAUGGGCGGCGAUGGGGGCAGUGAAGGGGUCGUCUUGACCACGUCAGACACCAACAAUGGGUCUCUCAUACCACUCUCAGUCCUCAACUAG